AAUGGAAAAAGAUAGCGAAAAAGAAGAAAGAAAGAAAAGGAGAAAAGGCAAAGAGAGAAAGAGAGGAAGAAAGGAAAGUCUCUCUCCCACACUUACUCACCUGACCUGACCAUUUCUCUCUCUCUCUCUCUCUCUCCCUUCUUCUUCCUCCUCGCUGUCUUGGCUGCUGUCUCCGUCUCCACUCACAGAAACUUCUCUCUCUCUCUCUUUCUUUCUUCUUUGCAAAACCCCCUUUUCGGCUCCUCUGUUUAUAUCUUCUUUCCCCUUUUACACACAUAAACAUAUUUAUACAAAACCCUUCUCUCCAAUGGAGUCCUUGCGAUGUCUCGUGACUCCAAACCAUCAAUCGAAUUUUCCAUAAUCAAUCAAUGACUUGUCUUUUUCAUCACCUCCCCUCUUCUUCUUCCUCUUCCUCCUCUUAGCCGUCGUCCAUUUCUCUCUCUCUAUAUAUAUAUCUACAGCUGACAUGCGGUCUCCACAGUCGCGCCGGAACGGGGAGACACCGUCGCCUCGUCCACGAAUCCAAGUUUCCCCACCUCACUUCCACUCCACAGUCUCGGAGCAGAAACUCAGGCGAUUCAAUAUGCUCAUACUUAUUUUCCGGCUUGGCUCUUUCUGUUUCACCGUCGCCGCCGCUAUAUUCAUGGUCGUAAACCCUAGAGGCUCCAAUUCACCUCGCUGGUACGAUUACGGCUCAUUCAGAUAUGUCCUCGCUGCGAAUGGCAUAGUAGCAGUGUAUUCAUUGGUGGAAAUGGCGGCCGCCGUUUGGGAAAUUUCCACCGGCGUCACGAUUUUUCCCGAGAUUUUUCAAGUUUGGUUCGAUUUCAGCCAUGAUCAGGUUUUUGCGUACCUGUUGCUGUCGGCAUCAUCGACGGGGGCUGGGUUUGCCCGGACGCUGAGGACGACGGGCACGUGUACGGGUAGCAACGCGUUUUGCGUGCAGACGGCUAUAUCUGUAGCUUUGGGAUUUAUCGGGUUUGCGUUUGUGGGUCUGUCGUCGUUGCUUUCGGGUUUCCGGGUGGCCUGUUUCAUAGUCAAGGGCUCUCGAUUUCACAUCUGAAAAAAAACAGUAGAGUAGGAAGAAGAAGAAGGGGUUUGGUGAAAUGAAAGAAAGAAAGAAAAGAUGUCAAGAUUUGACAGUAAUUUGAACGGAUAUGAUGUGUUGGUCACAUGGAGUGUUUGUGUUCCCUUCCCAUAGGAUAUCAUUACAACAACCAACAAAUUUGAAAUUGAAUUUUCAUUUCAUUCUUCUUUUUUUGUGCAUAUAUUAUUAUUAUU